AUGUCGCUGCUAAAUUGGAGGAGAAGAGCCGCCUCGCAAAGUCGCGAACUGCCCACUUACAUGGGGACAAAGGACAAUAAGACUGCAAAAUUUGUUCCCAAGAGAAAACGACAAACACUGUUGCGUUUGAUUUCCCUGCUGGGUUUAGUGGUCUUUGUUGCUGUCUCAACUGUCAGCUUGUCGAGAUACUUGAGAGGACCUGCGAGCAUUAAUAAAAUUUUGAAGAAACUGGAGAGUGGGAAUCACAACUAUAAGACGGUGAAUCUGCAAGAGAACGAGUACUAUAACUACGAUUUUGAAACCUUGGACCCACACGUCAUUGGUAAAUUUGACCAAGGGGUUCAGCAUUAUCUGAUCUCCGAAUUUGGCAACGACGUUUUGACCCCAAAGGAUCAAGAAAGAUACGAGGCGGAAGUCAAACAGCUUUUCGACUCUACAGUGCAAAGAUACGACCUCAACGAAUUCACCGGUAGCCCAGAUGGGGAGACCAACAGGGAUCACGUUUUGAUAUGUGUACCUCUCAGAGAUGCUGAAGAAGUGCUGCCGUUGAUGUUCAAACAUCUGAUGAACUUGACUUACCCACACGAACUGAUAGAUGUGGCAUUCUUGGUCAGCGAUUGCUCGGACGAUGAUAACACUUUGGAAGCAUUGAUUGCAUAUUCGAGACAAUUGCAAAACGGCACUUUGUCUCAAAUAUUCGGAGAGAUGGAUGCAGUCACCGAUUACCUCAACGCGAAAGACCGCAAGAAUAACAAACUGUAUCUAAAAUACAUGAAACAGGAGUACUUGAAUAAAGUAGAAAAGGCCUUCACCCCACCAUACCACGAAAACUACGAUAAACCGUUCAGAUCCGUGCAGAUAUUCGAAAAGAAUUUCGGCCAAAUAAUUGGGCAAGGGUUCUCUGAUAGACAUGCGGUUAAAGUGCAGGGUAUACGGAGAAAACUGAUGGGCAGAUCGAGGAACUGGCUGACUGCAAAUGCUUUGAAACCGUAUCAUUCAUGGGUGUAUUGGCGUGAUGCAGACAUCGAACUGUGUCCAGGGUCUGUGAUACAGGACAUGAUGGCCAAGGACUACGACGUACUUGUGCCGAACGUGUGGAGACCGUUGCCAGAGUUUUUGAACGGGGAACAACCGUACGAUUUGAAUUCCUGGAUGGAGUCACCAGAAGCUCUCGAACUCGCAGAAACGCUCGAUGAGGAUGACGUUAUUGUAGAGGGCUAUGCGGAGUACCCAACUUGGAGAGUGCAUCUUGCCUACAUUCGUGAUGAGGAGGGCGAUCCCAGCGAAGUUGUGGAUCUGGAUGGCGUGGGUGGCGUUUCCAUAUUAGCAAGGGCCAAACUGUUUAGAAACGGUGUCCAGUUCCCAGCAUUCACUUUCGAAAACCAUGCGGAAACUGAAGCCUUUGGUAAAAUGGCUCGCAAACUAGGGUUCCGCGUAGGUGGCUUACCUCACUAUACUCUAUGGCAUAUAUAUGAGCCCAGUGACGACGAUUUGAGGGAGAUAGCUAACAAAGAGAGAGAGAAGAGAAGAGAAUGA